CAGGGUAAAGAGCACAUACCUGAUAUAGAACAGCAGGUAGGCCUCCUGCUUCAACACUAUCUUGAUGUCUACAGAUGUCACAGAAUUGUCGUUCAUUUUGUACCAGUUUCCAUUGGGGCCCUGCAACAGAUCAAGGCAAAUUAUUUACACCGGACACAAAAAAUCCAGUUGGAAAACAAGUGGAAAUUACAGAAAGGUUGUUCCAGCGUGGACAAGAACGGCAUACAAAUUGUAAAGAAUUGGUGUUCCAUUUGGCUCUGGGGUGUAACACCGGAGAUCAAGACAUUCCAGAUACGCUACACUCUGCGCAUAAUGCAUUGGGAAUAAGAGGGUGAUUGCGGCUUCUGUAUAACUGCACUGUGUCAGGCUUCCGAAAUGACUGGAUCAGAGAAGUGUUUGGCAAAAGGCUGCCCAGCUCCAGGCCCAGUCCCUGAAGGAACAAUUCGUGUCUACAGCAUGAGAUUCUGCCCAUAUGCCCAGAGGGCAAGGCUUGUCUUGCUUGCCAAAGGAAUCAAGCAUGAAGUAAUAAAUAUCAAUCUGAAGAACAAGCCAGAUUGGUUCUUUGAGAAAAGCCCAUUUGGCCUGGUACCAUCUCUGGAGACCAGCAAUGGCCAGGUGAUCUAUGAAUCUCCAAUUGUGUGUGAUUAUCUGGACGAGGUUUAUCCAGGGAAGAAGCUGACCCCUGCAGACCCAUUCCAGAAAGCGCAACAAAAGAUGACACUGGAACAUUUCUCCAAGGUCACAGCUGUGCUGUAUAAGAUAAUGGGUGCCAAGAAAAAUAAUGAAGACAUAUCAGGUGUGAAAGAAGAACUCCAGGAGAAGUUGCUUAAGCUUGAUGAGAUCCUGGCUAAACAACACAGCCUUUUCUUUGGUGGAAGUGAGGUCUCUAUGGUUGACUACAUGAUUUGGCCCUGGUUUGAACGGCUCAUCAUGUUUGAUGCGAAGGAUUGUUUGAAUAAAACCCCACUCAUUGAUAAGUGGUAUCAACAGAUGCUGCAGGAUCCAGUGGUCAAGGCAACAUAUAUUGAACCAGACGUCCUGUUAGGCUUUUUUAAGCUGUACAUCCAGGGAGAUCUGGAGGCUUGUGAUUAUGGUCUCUAACCACCUCCCUGCCAUGUAUUGUACCAAGUCACUGACUGGGAAAUUCUUUUGCACUUUCACUGUAAUCAGUUUUUAAGAACCCAAUAAAUGUGCCUUUCAGCCUAGUG